AUGAGCAUUCUGCUACCACAAACGGGAGUGGCGCCCCCCCGCCCCAGCGGGCGCGUCAACCCCGCGGCGCGCCACAAGCCGCUUGUGCAUGCCGCAUCGUCUGGCGACGCGGCUGCGGAGACGGCCAAGCCCUCGCGCGGCGUUCUAAUAUUGCCAGGCCUGGGAAACAAUGCAGCCGACUACGGGCCUUUGGCAGCCAGCCUCAAGGCGCGGGGUCUGGGUGUCGCUGUGGCGGGCGUCUCCCGCCCGGACUGGUCGCGCAACGCGGCCGCGCUCACGGACGGCAACUGGUGGCGGGGGACGCUGAAGCCGCGGCCGGCGGUGGACUGGUACCUGUCAAAGGUCGAGACGGCGCUGGACCAUUUGAAGCGCGAGGUCGACGGCGCACCCAUCACCAUCCUUUCGCACUCGGCCGGCGGGUGGCUCGGGCGCGUGUUUAUGAAGGACUUUGGUACGACCGGCAUCGAUCGCUUCGUCUCCCUGGGCUCGCCCCACGCACCGCCGCCGCCGGGCGCGACGGGGGUUGUCGACCAGACGCGCGGCAUCCUCACGUACUGCUCGGAUAACUUCCCUGGCGCCUUCCACCCGGAGGUCCGUUAUGUCACAGUCGCGGGGCGCUACAUCAAGGGUGUGCCCUUUGAUGGCGAGGGAUCUCUCAAGGCCAAGUUUGCGGGCGCGGGGUACCAGCAGGUCUGCGGCAGCGCCGAGGUGGAGGGGGACUUCAUCGUGCCCACUCAAGCGGCCCACCUGGAUGGCGCGGUCAACCUGGAGAUUGACGGCGCCUUCCACUCUCCGCUGGGGGCCAAGCUCGCCUACUUUGGGCCCUGGUACGGCUCCGACGAGUUCCUGGGGGCGUGGGUGCGCUGGGUGGACAGCGACUGGGGGGCGCUAUCGUCCGGGGAGGGCUGGAGCUCAGAGUCAGAGGAGGAGGGAGCCGGGCCCGCCGCGGAGAUGGUGGGCGGGCCGCUGCUGGUGGGCGCGGGCACGACCACCGUCAACGGCUCUGAUGUCUCCUAUGUGACUCUGAGCGUAACCAACCUGAGCUCAGUGCCGAGCUUCAGCGCCGGCUGCCCCGGCGGCGCUGCGUCUCUCGCGACCCUGCCCCUGGCCGACGCCCGCAUCGACGUCACUGUGUACUACAACCUCACCCAAGACAUCCAGUUCCCCUACGGCAAUGGCACAAGCAACGCCACCGCCAACGGCAUCAAGUGGAACAUGGACGCCCAAGCCUGGCCCUUCUGUUCCGCCACCAACCAGCUCAUGGUAGAGCUGCAGGUCAAGACCAGCACGGCCGACGACCAGCCCAUCCUCUUUGACGACGACGCCGGUGAGGGCAACGCCACCUCUGCCAACGCGACAGUCUCCUCCCCCGCCGCAGCGUCGCCCAGCCGCCGCCACCUGCGCAGCCUGCUCAAGCAAGAGAGCCAAUCCGGAAGCUCCCACGGCGCCGGCUCGCAGGCCGCCUCCGGGAACGAGACCGAGGAGCCGCGCCUGGCGCGUCCCUCGCCCAACGCCCGCCCCCCGCGCCGCGAGGACCGCGGCGGCAGCCACGGCCCGCACGACCGCCCGCCGCGCCUGUUCGCCGCGCUGCUGUCGGCCGACGCGGCCGCCGCGCUCGACAUCGACACUGUCGCGUACGACGCCAACGUUAACCCCACCGUCGUCUACAACGUGAGCGUCUACAUGAAGCCCCAGAAAGAGACCGAGGAGGUGGAGGGCGCGCCCGUCAACAUGACCAAGGUGCUCCUGGGCUUCCCCGCGUUCACCACGCUCCACUACGACCCCACCGUCGAGCUGACCACCCCCACCAACGUUGGGUACACCGUGGACAACACGACCACGACCGCGGUGGCCGCCAAGAGCGCAGCCCCGGCCGUGCGCAUGGGCGUGCACGCGGCGCUCGGCGUUGUUGCAGCGCUCAUGCUGCUGAUCUAG